CGUUCACCUCUAGUGCUGUACACCAUUGUAAAAUCUGGCCAGCAAUCAGCAUCAGUCUUCCAUUCACCCGUUAUCCUACACUUGAAACUCGCCACGUGAAGGAAUACCCUGUGGGCCCGGCCACUGAAAAUGAGGUUACUAGACGUGAAAGCUGUUCUCGACCGGGAAGCGCACAUCCAGCAGGCCGACCCCGAACGUGAAAUCCUGAAGGAGCUUGACGACAAAGGCACUCGCUAUGCCAUACUGUCACAUCGCUGGGGCGACGAGGUCGGUUACGAAGAAAUGACUGGGCUGAUGAACAUGGAGGAGCGGAAAAGGGACCAGAUCAGGCAACGCAACGGCUACCAAAAGAUCAUCAAGAGCUGCAAGCAGGCCUCGAAGGACGGCUACGAGUUGUUAUGGAUCGACACCUGUUGCAUCGACAAAUGGAGCAGUUCAGAAUUAUCAGAGGCCAUUAAUUCAAUGUAUCGAUGGUACCAGAACGCGCAGGUGUGCUAUGCGUACCUCAACGAUGUUGAUGAGUCGGUCUUCCCUGCCGAGCGAAACUGUGACAAGUUUAGCGAGUCCGACGGUUGGCCAGAGUGGUUCAUGCGGGGCUGGACCCUGCAGGAACUCAUCGCACCUAAGCAAGUUGAGUUCUUCAACAAGGACUGGGCGCCUAUUGGCAACAAACGGCACCUUGCUCCCACGUUGGAGGACAUAACGCAAAUUCCAUGGGAAGUGUUGAGGGAUGGCCUGGCUGCGAAGCGUCUCAGCGUCGCACAAGUCAUGUCAUGGGCCGCCAAGCGGAAGACGACGCGUGUGGAAGAUCGGGCAUACUCACUGAUGGGGUUGUUCAGGGUUAACAUGCCCAUGUUGUACGGCGAGGGCAAAAAGGCAUUCCAGAGGCUACAACUGGAAAUCAUCCGCGUAUCCAGCGAUCAUAGCAUAUUCGCAUGGAAUCCAAGUGAACCGCGGACAGGCAGUGUCCUGGCUGAGGAUCCGAGUGACUUUCGGAGUGGUAGCCUCAUCAAAAUAGUGAAACCCGACGAAUUUAUUGACAGCCUAAUGGCACUCAUUGAAUGGAACGCACUCAGCGGCCCCCGGCACUCCCACCAUAGGUUCAGGAAGAUCUUGUCCAACCCGAUACGUUGGUGCAGACUUGCAUGGUUGAGGUGGCGUGCCCGCGCGAUCAGCCACCGACUUCGCACAAUCUCUGUCACCAGUUCAGGUAUCCAAGUGUGUCUGCCCGUCAUCCCCUCUCGCGACUCUCCGUCUCAUCUCAGAGCUAUAUUGCCAUGUGGCUAUGUCCCUUUCAUCAUUGAUUUGGUAUCCUCUGGAUCCAACUUUGAGAGGACUUCUGCAACUGCUCGUAUUUCGGCCCCCACCACCACAUAUCCAGAAUUCAAGACACUCUGUCUUACAUAUCAUCGAGAUGCCAAUGAGACUCACCGAGAGUUUGCCCUCGACGACAAGUAUGCCUCGUACCAUGGAUUCACUCGCUGCGGUACCUAUCCAUGCGAGUUUACAGGCGACACUGUCGCUCUCUCAUCCCUUGCAGAUGAUCUCAUCAUCAUAGUCUAUGCUAACGACCAUAAUGGAUCCCGCUUUGCAGUUGGCCUCGGAUACCACCUCGGCCAAGGAUGGGUACACGCUGUCUAUGACGGAUGCUCUCCAACUCAGAAAGACCGGAUACCGUGGUCAAAUUUUGCCCAUGGAACAUUUUGGCGAAUGUGGAAUGCACGUGCAGAACAUGUUCAAAGCAUGCCCAAACAAGAAUACGACGAUGAACGUCGUCGCAACGACCACUUCAUUAAACAUGUUCACAUUCCCCGAUCCAUCUGGGCUGCCAGGGUAGUCUGGGGUAGGUGGGAGAUGGAAAAUUUCAAGAUUAUGGUUGAUGUCGAACAAUGUCCUGGUUGCUGUGAUGGGCCACGUGGAUGGGCAACGACAUGUAACGAACACUGUGGUUUUGAUACGCCGGGAUUCAUGGAUACAACUUGCUAUCCAUACCUGUUGAGGCUGGACGGCUGGUGGGCCCAGUUUGCCAAGUGUUCCGGUCCACGGAUUGUGCUGGGUGAUUAUGGUGAAUAUUCCGAUGGCAAUUUCAAAUGCACUGGCAAUAUAUUUGAGGAUAUGCGAACCCUUGGCAAUAUUGAUCCCACGGAAUCCGUUUAUCAACCUUUGGUCUGUCAUGUAUCCGGCUCCGGAUGGUUAAUGCGUCACGUGGAGAAUCACAUUGAUCUUGCUAUGGUAUGUCAUACAAGUACAGAGGGGAAUCACCUAGCCUUGCGUCAACCAAAGGGUUUAAGACUUCCUGAAAAUGGACAUUUUGAACUGCUCCUGAAAGAGUUGGCCAUUCGUCUUGCAGGAAAACAUUUAGUGAUAUCAGUUAUACAAUGUUCAAGUUUGUAUGGAGUUGACAUUCACGGGGAGGCAAGGGAUUCGGGUGACGACUCGACAAUCGACGGUGACAACCAUUCCAUGCAACCUAGGAUUUUGACCCCACUAUAUAUUGUCGUAAGCCCACAAGUUUGGCAAAGAGAAAUGCCUUGUGUACAGAGGAGGGAGCAGUUCAAGAGUAUUCGGGAGCACUUUUAUGCCCUCGUGAAUAUACGUCAACCGACAGGAGUCGAAGUUCGUCACAAGUCUGCUGUGCACAGGAAAACUGCACGAACAUCAAUCGCACACCUAGGAUGGCAUCAGAACAGGCAAAAGAAAGAUGGAGCGAUCAGGUUCUUCUCAGAGAUGUUUUGUCUCCACCAUCUGAGAAAUUAUGUCGGAAAAAUAUUCUUCUUUGAAAGACUGCCCUCGAUAAUGAAAAGUGAUUCGGUCAGCGAGGUUUCUACAGGCAGUGCAGAAGGUCUGUUCACCAAAUUAAACCUGUUUGUCCGUAAACCUACAUUGCAACCUUAGAAGAUGGUUUACCAGCACGCACACCAAAAUUGCCGUUCGCAGACUGGGUGAUGACAUGUAACCUAUUUAAGGGUGGCCAGCAAUCC